AUGCAACAUGGUACCAUUUACACUGUUAACCUGGCGCAACGACACUGCGACUGUGGCUAUUUCCAGGUUGAGCAACUUCCAUGUCGCCACGUGCUUGCAUGUUGCGCCAACCAGCAUCUUGAUUGGCAAGUGUACAUGCACGACGUGUACAAGAUGUCUGAAAUUUGCAAGGUGUACAGAGACGAGUUUGUUCCGAUGGGUGACCCAUCUACGUGGGAUAUAUAUGAUGGAGCGAAGGUGAUCGCCAACUGGACAUUGAGGCGCACAACAAAAGGAAGACCGAAGUCAACCCGCUACUUGAAUGAGAUGGAUUCGCGGGAUAUCCGUGGUCCUCGCUGGUGCACUAUAUGUGGACAUGAGGGACAUAGCCGCAGCCGAUGCCCUUAG